AUGGUUCUGUGGGUUCCCUACCUGUCAACAGACUGGUUUGCAACAGUGGCGCUGAGUAUUAUCUCAAACAAUUUAGGAGAGAAGCCAAUUGAUCCAGAGCUCAUCAUGACAGCAUUCUGGGCUCCAUUUUUUCUGUUGCACCUUGGUGGUCUAGACACCAUUACAGCCUACUCCUUGGAAGACAAUACGUUGUGGCGGAGGCACGCUCUAUCAUUAGUGAGCCAGGUUACAGUGGGUGGCUAUAUCUUCCUCCGAGCCUGGAACAGUACACAUUUGAAUUAUAUAGCAGCUCCCACGUUUAUUCCAGGGUUAAUCAAGAUUGGUGAGAGAAUUUGGGUUCUGAGGUCUGCGAGCAGUGAAAAUUUUAAAGCAUCCAUGCUCAGCAAACCUGAUCCAGGCCUCAAUUAUGCCAGAUACAUGGAAGAAUACCUCUCAAAGAAAGAGGAGGGGUUCAAAGUUCAAUCAUGCCCAAGCAUUGAAGCUACGGUUGUAGCAGAUGUUUCCUUCGUAGCCCCAAAAAAUGUGAUGAUUCCAGGUGCAGCCUCUCUACAAGAUGCCUAUAUUUUAUUCUGGAGUUUCAGGCCGCUAUUUGCAGAUCUUAUUCUUGGUAUUCAAGAUAUAAAGAACAGCCAAUCAUUUUUUCAUGAAGUGAAUUCUUCUGAAGCUUUCGAAGUGAUUGAGGUCGAGCUGGGAUUCAUGUUUGACAUGUUGUAUACAAAGGCUUUCAAAGUUUAUUCUAAAAUGGGCGUUAUUCUCCGUCUCCUCAGUUUCUCAUCAACCAUGUCUGUGCUUUUGGCUUUCUUGAUCAUUGACAAGGAUGACUAUUCAAGAGACGACAUAAUCAUCACUUACAUAUUGCUGGUUGGAGCCAUCGUGCUAGAGAUAUAUGCAGUGUUGGUGCUAGUUACCUCAGAUUGGACAAUGCUCUGGCUGAGUGAGCGCAAGAAUGCUGCGGUGGAUAUUUUGUAUAGAGCCAUUUCAUCAGUCCGAAUGUGCGGGAUCAAGAGGUGGUCAAACACCAUGGGACAAUACAACCUAAUAAGAUAUUGCCUUCAUCAGAAGCCAGCCAAGUGCAGUGUCGUCCAACAGUUCUUAUUCAAUCAUGACUUUUUGGAGAAGAUUCGAUUCCAACAAUCAGCGGAGGUUUCUAAGGAUUUGAAGAAAUUGAUAUUUGAUCAGCUUUUAGAAAAAUCAAAGAAUACCUCAUAUGAAGCUUGCAAGAAAUUAUGUGAGUGUAGAGGUAACGAGGUUCUUAAAAAUGCGAAAUGCUAUGAUUGCAAGGAAAAAGACAAGCGCAGAACACAUGAGGAGAACCCCGAGAUAGAAUCUGAGCCACUUACUAAAGAUGCAAAAUGCAUCUAUGAGAUCAGCAAAGAUGAUAUAAAAACAGUGGAAGAGAGCAUUGAGGCAGAAUUUGACCAAAGCAUUCUUCUCUGGCAUAUUGCAACAACCCUAUGUCAUUAUUCUGAUUAUUGUCCAAAUAGCGAAGUCAGCAAGUUGAUAUCAGAGUAUAUGUUGUAUCUUCUAGUCAUGCGUCCUGUCAUGCUGCCCAAUGGCAUUGAACAAAUCAGGUUCCAAGACACGUGGGCUGAGGCCAUUGAUUUUCUGAAACAAAGAAAAAUAUCUGAUUUGAACCAAGCUUGUAGAAAGUUACUUGAAGUGAGCACCGAUAUUCCUCCAUCUGAAGUGAAAGGAGACAGAAGCAAGUCAGUGCUAUUCGAUGGCUGUAAACUUGCUAAAUCAUUACAAUGCCUGCAGACUGAAAAGAAGUGGGAGUUUAUAAGUCAUGUAUGGGUGGAAAUGCUGUGUUAUGCUGCAACUAAAUGUCGAUGGAACCGUCAUGCUCAGCAACUCUGUCGAGGCGGAGAGCUACUCACUCAUGUAUGGCUUCUGAUGGCGCAUCUUGGUAUAACUGAGCAGUUUCAAAUUUCGAAGGGCCAUGCGAGGGUUAGGUUGAUUGUGCAUUGA